AUGGAGCAAUGUACCACUACAUUCGUAUCAAGCCCAGCAAUCUCCGUACCAUCUCUUCCUCCUCCUCCAUAUCAUUCCACCGCUAUUCCCACGCAACUAAACGAACCUCUCAACCAACGGUUCCCUUCUUGCAAUAUUAAUAUGAAAUUAAUUGAUUCAUUACCUUUAGUAUUUUUCCAUUCUAUACACGUUAAGUAUGGUACUGUGGUACCAUGGGCACGCCAUGCGUAUGCUCCUUCAUUGUUGCUAUAUUUCUCAGCGAUGGAAGGUACCAAUGUUGCAUUUUCGCUAUGCUUAAUGGCUGGUUCAGUAUUAACUUAUGAUCUGAUAAAAAUGAUUUCUGGUAGUUUUGCUCAUCAUCAAUAUCUUCCGCCAACACAUAUUGGUAGAGACAGCUGGAUGAAUCGGAUCGCCGUCUGUACGGUAUUCCUGCUUCUGAAGACGCUCUUUUAUCAGGCAUCGUUUGUGCUAACCAAACAUAUGGGAAGAGAUGUGGACCAUGUGCAAAUAACUUUUGUAUUUGUGGUGAGUACAGUGUUGCUGUGGUGGGGAUGUUGCAACCGGACAGUCAGUAACGAUAAAAGACGGCACAAUCAUCCUUCAGCUACUUCGGAAGAAACCGGUGCUGCUAUAACACCGAUAAAUGGUGUAACACGAACUACAAAAAUAGCUGGCGAGGAUGCAUUAUCGAAAUCACAAUCAGUUCCUCGUACAUCGUCCGAAAAAUCGAUAGAAGCAACACAGCCAGAAACCAUGAAAGUGAUUCCUCAAUCACGUUCGAAAUCAAAAUCAUUAAAAUUAGAAAAUUUGGAUCAAUCACAACCUGAAGAUGUUAUUGUUGCAUGUAAGGAAGAGCAAGAUUCAUUUGCUACGCAUAUUCCCAAGAAAAGAGUUGCUAGAAGAAGCAUAGAGAUUAAAUCAAGGCCACCGGUACGUUGUGAUCGCGAUGACUACAAGACAAUUCCGACACAUAUGUUGCCUCCUUCAACUGAUGACCUUUAG